AUGCUCGUAUUAGUCGCUGGAUUUGGAAAUGGUAGCAGAAUAAUAAUCGAUUUUACCUUCAUAAGAUACUUAUACGACGGUGAUACUGAAAGUUUGAGAGAAGCCUUCCUUGGCCUGACAAAUGUCGUUUUUGAAAUUGAAUUGGGAUAUUCAAGUGAUCAGUUUAAUGACAAUGUUGUAAUUGUGGCAUUACAGGACUUUUUCUCUAUUUAA